CACGCACAAAGCUCAGGAGACUCUUCUCAAUUUCCGCUGCGGGUUUGGCUUGACUCUCCAUCAUGGCCUCCUCGCGCUCGCAGUCCUGGCUGCCGUCCUUUUUCGCAAUUGUCACGAUUCUCACUCUAUCAACUCCGGCCCACUCCCUCUACUUCUAUGUCCAGCCACGGCAGCAAAAAUGCUUCUUCGAAGAUAUGCCGCAAGGAACUUUAGUUGUUGGUAACUACAAAGCUGAAGUAUUCAAGAACGAUGUCAACGCCUACACCACGGACCCUGGCCUCACGCUUACAAUCACAGUCGACGAAACAUUUGACAACGAUCACCGUGUUGUAUUCCAACGCGGAAGUGAUACUGGACGGUUCACAUUCUCCGCUGCAGAUGCAGGUCAACACAAACUCUGUUUCACCCCAGAUCCUGGUGCCACUCAAGGAUGGCUCUCAGCUUCCCCGGCCAUAAAAUUGACUCUCGACAUGGUCAUUGGAGAAACUAGCAAAAUCGAAAGCGAAGAUAAAUCCAAGAUGGAGGACAUGGCUCACAGAGUCAAGAAUCUUAAUAGCAGACUACAAGAUAUCCGCCGAGAGCAGGUUUUCCAGCGGGAACGGGAAGCAUUAUUUCGCAACCAAUCCGAAGCAACCAAUGCCCGUGUCGUCCGCUGGACUUUAAUCCAGCUAGGCCUCUUGUCAUUAACUUGCGCUUGGCAACUUUCCCAUCUUCGAUCCUUCUUCAUUAAGCAGAAACUUACAUAAUCUGAAGAGUUUUAUUUUUACACAAUGCCGUUAUGCCUGUGGGCGUGUUAAAAUGCGUUUGGUAGAAAGGCUUCAUCUAUUUAUAAAUUUUUUUUCUUUUGAUUUUGUUUUUGCACCCCCACCCCAUCAAAAAGUGAAAGACUCCUACGGGCGUAGAAGGAGUGGUUUGUUGGGAUACUUGUACGGUUUCUAAUUGGUGAAAUGAGGCAUGUGUCCUUCAGCGCUUCCACUGUUAUUUUUGUGAAUUGAAAUGUAUAUGGAUCAUAUCAUGACCUUAUUCAUGAGUACGUCAACCCAUCCCAUGAUAUAAGGCAAAAUCAGCAUGAACUCUUCUUCUGUUCUUAUAUUAUUGUUUCUUUAUUUCCCGUUAUCUACAUGAUUUUACUCGGAUGCUCAAGUCAAAAUAAUCAAUUUU